AAGAGUGAAGACAACACGUUACAGUGCCCGGAACCAUCUCACUCAGUCUUCUGUUCCCGCCCGGCUCGGAAGGCAGGCUCCUUGACGUCACUCAAUUCCUCCAAGAUGGCGGCGCCCAGUCGGCUGCAGUGACACUGAAGCUUGUAGCAUCAAGCCGUCAGGAUGAGAACCUUGCGCUUCCUGAUUUCUGCCCGUCAUCUGUGUGCCCGGGGCAGAGGCAUACCAGCAGGCCAGGCUCUUGGCACCGGCAAUAACGCCCAGAAACAGGUGACCUGCUGUCUUCACACAUCUCCGCCUCCUGGGCCUCCCCAAGCCACUUCCUCAGCCGGCUCGGUUACUCCAUACGAGGAUGUGUUCCAGAGGGAGCAGAGGAACAAAGCCUCCUUUGUGGAGGUCCUUGAUCUUUACUGCAACCGAGAUGUGAGGAGGAGAGGACAUGUGGAGAUCAUAGAGGCGGCUCUUAGAUGGAUGACGGAGUUUGGGGUGGAAAAGGACUUGGAGGUUUAUAAUAAAUUGCUUGACGUGUUUCCCAAGGAGGUCUUUGUCCCCCAAAAUUACAUCCAGAGGAUGUUCAACCACUACCCACGCCAGCAGGAGUGCGCCAUAAGGGUGCUAGAGCAGAUGGAGAAUUACGGUAUCACCCCCAACAAGCAAACAUGCUUUCUCCUGCUACAGAUCUUUGGGGCCCGCAGCCACCCCAUAAGAAAAUACCAGCGUAUGAUGUACUGGUUCCCACGCUUUAAACACACCAACCCCUUCCCGGUUCCUGCUGAAUUACCAGCUGACCCAGUGGAGCUAUCCAGGAUGUGCCUGCAUCGUAUUGCCAACGACUUGGAUUCUAGGGUCGCCGUGUACCAGAUGCCCUACACAGAGAAAUGCGACGAUGGCAAAGAACGGGAGCAUCUGCACGUUGUCGGUAUUCAGUCUCCCAGUCAGGUCUCCCUCCUUGCUGCACACAACCCCAGCACCCCUGUAUACGUUGAGGGGCCCUUCCCGCUGUGGCUCAGGAAGACGUGUGUGUACUACUACAUCCUACGUGCUGACCCCGAUCCUAUGAGAAAGGAGGAGGAGAUAGACAAUGAGAGGAGCUUAUACUAUCCCCUGAGCUUGGACCUGGAGCUGGACAGGGACCUGGGCGAUGAUGACAGCUUUGAUGUUGAUGAUGUGGAGGAGGGCCCCGUCUUUGCUAUGUGCAUGGCUGGUUCUGGAGAUGAGCUGUUACUGGGAAAAUGGAUUCGGGGGCUGCAGGAGACCAACCCGAUCCUUGGCCAGACUCCUGUGGUCUUUCGGUUAAAUUCGGGCCCCCAAGAGCUUAGCGUGCCACAGGAGAAGGAGGCUGAACCAAAAGGAGAGCUAGAGGAUGAUGAAGGGGAGAGAGAGCCAGAACGCCGCCGGAUGGAGCAAUAAUUGAGUAGUCCCAGAAGUACAUAAAACCGGAAGAACAGCCAAUAGUUACAGCACAAAGGGACUGAGAGACGUAUGAGCAUUGGCAUACUAGCAGCACAUUGACUGUAGUCCAUGAUCAGUGAUGGCUUAUAUGGCUAUGUCAUUCUAUUUAUUGUUGCUCUACUCUGGCCAACAUGACUUUCACUGGCCUUACCAUUAGCCAAGCACAGAAUGUUUUACUAUGGACAUGAAGCAUCGUCAUGCCCAGGGCACGUGCGCCUCCAUAGCCGCUGUACCAAGCCUAUGUCUGUAACAGGGACCCAUAGUCCCAUAAGGUGUGUCUCUGGGGUACAGGCUAGUGGAAGCCAUUCCGAUGGCCAGUCCCAUAUAGUAUUGUCAUAGGGGGUCCUAAUGCAUUGGAGCAAGCCUUGCGUCCACUUUCCUGUAGUGAUAUAUUUAUUGGUGAGUAAACCAGAGGGGACACAGUCGGAACAGCCAUAGCCAAAGCGAUAAGGAAUACCCAGAGGUAACAUUUUAAUAAAGGUAAUUGUACCUGAUCUUUGUAGCCUUUCAGUGUCUCGAUGUGCCCGGCAACAUUCAGAGCUCUUUAACGGAAUACUGUCACAGGAAAACCUGUUUUUAAUUAUUUAAUAGCUCUGCUCCUUCAAACAGAUUUUUUUUAUAUUUAAUUUUGAAUUUGGACAUAGGGCUAGUUCUAGUUUCCCAGGUGCCCUCAGCCAUGUGACUCGUGCUCUGACUUCAGUCAGACUUUACUGCUGUAUAUGGGCUGAAUAAACACCUUUUACACUUUAACAAA